UUUCUCCCACCCGAAACGAGCGAAAGCCGCCGCAGCGCUCUUUCCGUCUUUUUUUUUUCUUCUGCCGAUCUCACUUCCUGUCUCCCCUCGCCGUCUGGCCUCGCCGCGUUCUCUCAUAUCUUCGCCUUUUUUUCUAGGUUAUAUAGGAAGGGCUGAAGCUGCAAUCGAGGCUGCCCAUUUGUCCAAUCUCGCUCGGAUCGGAGCAUUGGCUAGGUAUAUGCCUUAUCCUUAUCUUAGAUCAAUUUGUCUCCCCUUUCGGUGAAUGUGAUCGGAUCUCAGGGUUUCUGCAAAUUAAAGGGCUUUCGAUUGCUUUGAUUGUGCUUUUUAUUCUAUCUGGGCGUAGAUGGGCGGUUCCCCGGCGAACGGGUUUGGUGACGAUUGGAGGAAGGAGGAGAUGGAAGAGAGGAUGUGUCUGGGAACGGAAGCUUCUGGAAGCGGAAGGUGGGAUGGUGAUGGCGUCGGAGGCAGUGGUGCUGAUGGUGAUGGUGGUUUGAUUGGUGCUUAUGUUGGUAGAAAUACUUUGGGGGUUGGGAGGGUUCUUUUGGGAAAAGUUGUUUCCUAUGAUGAGACGAGCAGACUGUUUCGGGUUAUAUUCGAGGAUGGACAUCAGGAGGAUUUGGAACGGGAGCUGGUGAGCAGGAUCUUAAUGUUGGAUGAGGGAGUAGGAAGGCUUACUCAGAGGAAGAGGAGGCUAGACCGGGUAGUUCCUUUAGGAGGGUUGAACAGACGAACCACGCGAUCCAGGAAGGGCAUCCCUGACGUGUCUGCUUCGAUUGGCCAGGUGAGCUCAGAAGAUGUAUCUAGGGAUGCCGACUCAUCCAGUGAUUCCUGUGACCAUGCUCGGGGUUCUGCUGUUGCUCCGAGUUCUUUUUCUGUGGAAACACAUGUCUUGCCAUUGGAACUGCCUCCAUCUUCUGGCAACAUUUCUGUUCCCGAGGGCUCAGUUUCACAUCUGUUCUCCACUUAUAAUUUUUUGAGGUCGUUCAGUCUCCAGUUAUUUCUUAGUCCGUUUGGGUUUGAUGAUUACGUGGCAUCCCUCAACUGUACUGUUCAAAACUCCCUGAUGGAUUCAAUCCAUUUAUCCCUCAUGCGAGCUUUAGGUCGGCAUCUCCAGAUGCUUUCUUCAGAGGGCCCAAACCUGGCCUCCAAAUGCUUAAGAUUAUAUGAUUGGACAUUGCUUGAUAUGUUGACUUGGCCUGCUUUCUUAGUUGAGUAUCUGUAUAUUAUGGGAUACUUGACAGAAUUGGAUUUAAAAGAUUUCAUUUAUAGUGUUCUUCAAGGAGAAUAUUACUGCCUAACUGUGGCUUCAAAGCUCAAGGUAUUGCAAUUACUGUGUGAUGAUGUCAUAAACAGUGGGGAACUUAGGACAGAGCUCACGAUGCGUGUAGGCAUGGAAGAAGAUAAUGACGAAGGUUUAGAUGCAAGUCUUACUUCAGAAGAUGUACGAACAAGUUUAUUUCAAAAACCCUUUCCCCCUGUUUGGAGGAAUUCGGUUGUUUUGGGGGAAUCUCUUGUGCCUGAAAAUCAACAUGCUAACUCUGUGGCUUCAGAACCUGGUGCUGAUGGAUCAGAUAAUUCUCAGGAUAAGAACAGUGAUGAAUGCUGCCUUUGUGGAAUGGACGGGACAUUGAUUUGCUGUGAUGGGUGUCCUUCAGCAUAUCAUUCUAGAUGCAUUGGGCUGAAUAAAGCAUUUCUGCCUGAAGGUCUGUGGUUUUGUCCAGAAUGUAGUAUUAACAAGCUUGGGCCCACUUCUUCUAGGAUAGGAAAGGGAGCCAGAGGAGCAGAGGUUUUCGGUACUGAUCCAUAUGGCCGCAUGUUUGUGGGGGCUUGCAAUUAUUUACUGGUACUUGGCACAUCAUUGAAUGGAGAUGCAAUUUCUAGAUACUAUAAACAAGAUGACAUCCCAAAGGUUUUAGGUGUAAUUUCUUCGACUCAAGCAAAUGGAUUAGCUUAUGUUGAUAUCAUCAUAGGCAUAUCUGAAUAUUUUGAGAUUCCAAAGGUCUCUUUCAUCUCUGAAAUAAUUGAGUCUAUGAGGAAUACUCUGGUUAACAAGGAUGGUGCUGUAUGUUAUUUGGCCAACACCCCGUCAAGGACGACCAACAUAUUGAAUAAUUCAGGUGAUAAUAGUAUGAGCAAUAUAGUGGCAAGCAACUCGAAGCAUGGUGUUGCCUUGGAUGAUGGAACGGAAGGUCCAGUUUCUCUUUCUGUCAUGGGUCAGUUUGGUAUCUCAGAUGCACAAAUAAAUCCUAGGGAAAUCCAUGAUGUAUGUGCUAACAAGGUGCUUGCAACACCUCAUGAAAUCUUUGUUCCCUUAAAUAGUAAGAAUCCUACAAAUGGAAAGGUUAUUUGUUCAGAUCCAAAAGUUAUCUUGUCCAAACAGAUUGAGUCAAGGGAGAAGCUUAGCUUUGGUUCUGUUGUAACUGAUCUGUCUUAUUCAAACCCAGCAAUGCCUACUGAAAAAUCAAUUUUGUUAAGCAAUUUUGCUUUUAGCUCAGGAAAUGGGAGUGACAUUUGCAAGGAAGAUACAGAUAGCUCAAUAUUUUCAACAAAGAAUGGUUCUGCUGGUGCAUGCUAUGAAAGCAGGCAUCUCUUGAACGUGUAUGAUGUCACACAUAAAACUACAAAUGAUAGAGUCUCAACUAUUCCUGUUUCCUUCAAGCCUCUGUCAUACAUAAAUCAGUAUAUUCAAGGUGACAUUGCCGCAUCUGCUGCUGCUAGUCUGGCUGUUCUCUUAACAAAUGACUGUAAAAUAACCGGUGUACAUGGUUCUUCCAACCACAGGAAACUAGUAUCUGCAACUACUGCACUGCAAAUGAAAGCUUUUUCUGUAGCAGUUAUGAAUUUUUUAUGGCCAUGUGCUGAGAAGAAGCUUAUGGAUGUUCCUAGGGAAAGAUGUGGUUGGUGCAUAGCAUGCAAAGGCCCAGCUACUAAUAAGAAAGGGUGCUUGCUAAAUUUAGCUGCAUCAAAUGCCAUAAAAGGACCUACCAGAAAUGGUAACCUUCGUGCAAGCAAGCACCAUGUAAGUCAUCUGCCAGUCAUUGCUGCUCAAUUGUUGAUUAUGGAAGAAAGUUUACAAGGGCUUAUGAUUGGCCCAUUUUUAGAUGAACGCUGCAAUAAAUGGCGUAAGCAAGUUAGAGAAGCCAGUAAUUGCGGCUUCUUGAAGUCACUACUACUUCAACUUGAACAGAAUAUUCGUGGCAUUGCUUUUUCAGGGGGAUGGACUAAAAUUAUGGAUGACUUAAUUGAAAUUCCCAAAUCGUCAAGUGGAUUUGGCCAAGCUGGAGGAAAUCAAAAACGUGGAAGUGGUUUAAAAAGAGGUAGAAAGCCAUCCAAACUUACAUCUGCAUCUUCUGAUGAUAAAUGCGACUAUUUGCAGUGGUGGCGAGGUGGGAAGCUUUCGAAAGCCAUACUUCUAACUGCCACAAUUCCUUGUGCACUAGCUAAGAAAGCUGCUCGACAGGGUGGCAGAACAAGGGUAUUCGAUAUCUCAUACCAUGAGAGCUCUGCUUAUCGUCGAAGAACUCGGCAGGUUGCAUGGAGAGCUGCUGUAGAAUUGAGUAAAAGUGCAUCACAGCUUGCUCUUCAGAUUAGGUAUCUUGAUGCUCAUAUAAGAUGGAAAGAAUUCACUCGUCCGGAGCAGAUUCCAAAUGAUACCAAAGGGUCUGAAACUGAUGUCAUGAUUUUCAGAAAUGCAUCUAUAUCUGAUAAAAAGAUUUGGGAAAAUAAGAUACUGUAUGCACUCAAAUUUCGUGAUCAAAAGCAUCUUCCUUCACGCAUAGCAAAAACUGUUUUGGAAUCAGAAAAAGAUCAGGAUGGAAAUGAGAAACUGUGGUUCUCUGAAAUUCAUCUUCCUUUAUACUUGGUAAAAGAGUACGAGGAAAAGGUUGGCACAUGCGAAGUACUUCCUGCUGUGUCAACAGUGCACAAUAUGGCAAAAUUCUAUAGAAGAGGACUGAAAUUUUACUGGGGAGAUAUUUUCACAUACCUUACAUGCAAAAAGGAGAAUCCAGUGAAGUGUUCAUUUUGUCAAAAAGAUGUUUUUCUGAGGUAUGGUGUCAAGUGUAAGGCUUGUGAAGACUAUUGUCACCUGGAUUGUUCAGUGCCUUCAAUUCCGAAGCAGGAAGAUGAUACUGAAUUUUCUAGAAUGUGUAAGUCAUGUUAUUCUGCUAAAGUCCCGGAAUUAAUUGAGAGUUCGCAGAGGACUUGUAGCCUGAAACCUUCCUUUCUGGGAAACUAUCAGUCACCGUCAGCACCUGGCAUGAAUGGCAUUCCCCAGACUAGGCCGUGCAGUACCUCACUCUCAGCUACUAAAAUGGAAGUUAAAUCCGAUUCAAGAUCUUCCAAUCAUACUCCUUGCUCAAAAAGCAAAUCUAAACGAAAAGGGGGAACAUGGCUUACACAUGGUAUUGUCUGGAAAAGGAAAAAGCAUGGUACUGAGGGAGGCAAGGAGUUCAGGAUGGAAAAUAUUUUACUAAAAGUUAAGGAUGGAUCAUGUUCAUCAAAAAGUCCGAUCUGUUGCUUAUGUAAAAUGCCUUACAAUUCAAACCUGAUGUAUGUUUGCUGUGACACAUGCAAAAAAUGGUGUCAUGCAGAUGCUGUGCUGCUUGAUGAAACCAAAGUCCUUGAUGUAGUAGGGUUCAAGUGUUGCAAGUGCCGAAGGAAAUCUUCACCUAAAUGCCCCUAUGCAGAUAUAGGCUACAUGAAACUAGAGGAAUCACUGAAACUUGAUAAUGCGGAAGAAAUUGGUGAUGCUAUGCAUAUUCUGCCUAAAUCUGAGUCUCCAAGCACAUCCAUAUCCAAUUCCGAUACUGACACUUUUGAUAGGGUAGAAUUUGAUCCUCUCGUACAUCCUUUAGAAAAAGUUGAGCCAGUUGAUGAGACAACUCUUGAGAUGGAAGACAGAUUUGCAGCCUUAGAAUCAUUAAAAGGCCAGCAAAAUCUUUCUAUUAGAUCUCAUGUUAAACAGGAAGAUUUUGAUGAGUGGAAUGCAGAUCAGAUUGGUUACUCACUUCAUGAAACAUCUCAAAGCAUGCAGAAUAUUCCAGCACCAAACCCUAUGUGUGUUUCAUUGAAGAUGCCUGCACCAUUAGAAUGGGAUAGUGUCGAAUUAUAUGGUCAUGGCAACUUAGACGUCAAGAAUAUCUGCAAAGAAGAGCAUUUACCUGAUCAAGAACUUGAUGUGGCAGGGAACAUGGAAUAUGAACCUCAAACUUACUUCUCUUUUAUUGAGUUAUUGUCUUCUACAGAUGAAAUGCCUAUGGGCAUGACAGAACAUCAGGAUAUCCCGAUCACGUUGAAUGAUCAUGGAGCCACUUAUUCUGAUAGGCCAUGUGAUAAUUUGUCCGUGAAAAGUGAAGUCGUGGUGAAAGAGGAAUAUGUUUUUGAUGGUUUUGAAUGCCAAAAAUGCAAACUUUAUAACCCCUCUCCAGAUCUCAUAUGUGAGAUUUGUAGGCUCUGUAUACAUUCUGAUUGCUCUCCUUGGGUUGAGGAGGGUAUUGAGAUUUCAACUGGCUCCAAAUGGAGAUGUGGCAACUGUAGGGAAUGGAGAUAAUCUGGAAUAUGUUGUUAACCUUGCUCUUUGAGCUUUGGAAUACCGUAUUUGCUGAUUUUUCACAUGAGACAGAUAUUCUGUCAUACUCGGGAUGCAGUUAGUGUCCACAUAUUGGAAAAAAAAAUAGAUGGAUUGAUUUGAGCCAGUGCAGGGGCAAUUGAAACUAAGCUUCUGCAAAAUCUUUAUUUUUUUAUGUUUACUUGUAAAUAUUUAAGUUAUAUAGAUUGGCAACCAAACAACAUUGUUGAUUUGGCUGUUGUACCAGGAAGGGUGGAUGAUCUAUUGAGAAAGACGUAUGAGGAAGCUAUCAAAUUUUGACAAGUUCGUUUUUGUCUUUUGUUGUAGAUUUUUGGUGGGAGUUCUAUCUCCAUCUAAUUGAUCUUGCAUCACUAAAUUGGAACUACAAGGUGUAGCUAAGUUUGCAUCAUUUAUUUAUGCAGUUGGUUUUGCUGAUUAUAGUGCAUAUUUCAUACUUGA